AUGUACUUCUCAGCGAGAGCAACAAUGAGAGCGCCGCUAUAUCUGGCGGCUUUGCUCGUCUUCUCUGUUGUAAUGGUCCACUCCUCGGAUGGAGGAGGCGAGAUAUACGCAGCAUGUAAUGUGGAGAAGUACUCCAACGGCUCCCAGUUUGAUACCAAUCUGGAGGCGCUCUUAAAAACUCUGACAGAGAAAGCAGCCUACGCUGGCUUCGGCGCUUCUGUUUAUGGGCAGGAGACGCCGAACAAGGUGUCUGGGCGCCUCCAGUGCAGAGGAGAUUUGUCUCCUGCCGACUGCCAGGCUUGA